AUGCCGCCACCCCGGCCGUCUCUCUGGAGCCGCUCGUUCGACACAGGUCUCACGUCUUCGGAGAUCUCAACCCAGUUACGCAACCCCGGCGACAUCUUCUCUGUUCUCCUGAUCCUCGGCGGAGAUGUCGUCUGUCGCGCCAUUGCCCAGCUAGCUGGAGACGGAAUCACCCCCGUUUCGUUCUCUUUCGGAUGGGUGGCUUAUAUUGUAGCAGCACUGCUAGCUGCAAUAGGAGAUCGUAGACUGAUGCCUCUCCCAGAUAGUCCGUGCCUGGUGAUCAAUGCGCGGUCAGGGUAUGUCCGGGAUAACCGCAGCUGGAUCCUGGGCCGGAUUCUACGCGACUUUGAAAUCUGGAUGGAUGAUGGACAUCCAGACGGGCCAAUCCAUCGCCAGCUAAAUAAGAUGCGCGAUCAGCGGUGGGAAAAGGCUCGUCACAACGCCCACCGCGAGCAUCCAGGCGCUUCCGAAAGCAUUGCCCGGCCGUCAAAGGCCGGUCUUUGCGUCUCGGUUUUCGACGCUGCGCAGGCCCGGCCUGGGUAUCCCGGUUAUGAUCUGCUUUACUACUUGGGUAUCGGCACUGCAAUUCUGCAGUUGGGCAUUGCUGCUAUCCCGCUUGGGAUAUGGGGUGACUGGGGUGUAUUGCUUGUCACUGCCGCUGGGAUCAUCCUAUCGUUUACGACAGCUAGUCUUCCUCAGUGGCAGCAAGAGAAGUGGUCUUGUCGACGCAAUUCCAGAAAGACCAUUAUUCUCACUCGUGGCAAUGGGUCUCAACACGCUAUAGUUAUCGUUGGCGCCGGCCGGGGGUUAGACUUGGAAGACCUCGCGAGCGGGCCUAUAGAUAUGGAUGUAUCUCGCGCGUCAGCGACGACACUAAUCCUCAUGGCCCUCGCCGCGCUCUGGAUAGUACUCCUGAUUGUCGCCGCAGGUCUUCAGCAGAAUACGUGGUUCUUGCUGGCUACGGGAGGCAUCGGGAUGUUUGAGAAUAUCCUGGUUGCUGGAUGGCCACGCCAGCCGAAAUAUUUUGGCAUUCCACUCGUAUUUAAGGACGUUAUAGGGGAGACCGGAGUCAUGGAUACUUUAUUUGCUGUAGAGCGGGCCUAUCCUCGUGCUGGCCAGGCGAUGCUGAACACAUUCUUUCCGGGUAGGCUGUCCAACAAGGAGAGGGAGAGAUGGGAUGAACUGCACCAGUUGGCGGACGCAUUAGAUGAGUCUGCGCGAGAGACUGCAUUAACCUCGCCAGAGUGA